AGUGUGCGCGCGAGUGAGUCAAAGAAGGGAAAGGAAGGGAAGCUGGAGGAACUGGGAACGGCAGCAGCUACGCUCCAAGCCCACAACGCCCAGCUUGCCUCGUUUCUCUCUUUCAAAGGGAGCCUGGAUAAGAGAGCAGGAGCCCGAGCCCGGGCGCCUCCGGCCGCUGGCAAACCUUCCUGGCCACCAUUCAUAACCGAUGCAGGCGAAGCGCUCCAUGGGCUGAUUCCCUGGGAGACUAGCGGUCACCAGCAAGCAAGCAAGGCGGAGGCGCCUGCAACAGCUCGCCUAGGCCUCGGCUCCGGCCAGCGGCUUUCAUUGCAACCCUUCCAGGCCAUGUGUAGCUGAAGAAAAGAAGUAGAGGAGGAGGAGGAGGAGUUGAAUCCUUUUACCUGCAGCGAAGGGGUGGAACUUUCACCAACCAACACAGCUGAAAUUCCGCCAUUAUGAAUGAAGUCGCCAUAGUGAAGGAGGGAUGGCUGCACAAAAGGGGAGAGUACAUUAAAACAUGGAGGCCAAGGUACUUUCUGUUGAAGAACGAUGGAACAUUUAUUGGCUAUAAAGAGCGACCUCAAGAUGUUGACCAGCGAGAAUCCCCCUUAAAUAAUUUUUCAGUGGCUCAGUGCCAGUUGAUGAAGACAGAGAGACCUAAACCAAACACAUUCAUCAUCAGAUGCCUCCAGUGGACCACAGUAAUUGAAAGAACAUUUCAUGUGGAGACUCCAGAGGAGCGGGAAGAAUGGACAAAAGCCAUCCAAACAGUAGCAGACAGCCUUAAGAAGCAAGAGGAAGAAAGCAUGGAUUUUCGAUCUGGUUCGCCCAGUGAUAAUUCAGGUGCUGAAGAAAUGGAAAUUUCAAUGACAAAACCAAAACACAAAGUAACAAUGAAUGAAUUUGAGUACCUUAAGCUCCUGGGAAAAGGUACUUUUGGAAAGGUCAUUCUGGUGAAAGAGAAAGCAACUGGACGCUAUUAUGCCAUGAAAAUUUUGAAGAAGGAAGUAAUUGUUGCAAAGUUGGAAAACUUGAUGCUGGAUAAAGAUGGACACAUAAAGAUAACAGACUUUGGGUUAUGUAAAGAAGGGAUCAAGGAUGGAGCAACAAUGAAGACUUUCUGUGGCACACCAGAAUACCUUGCCCCAGAGGUGCUGGAGGAUAAUGACUAUGGCCGUGCAGUGGAUUGGUGGGGCUUAGGAGUUGUCAUGUAUGAAAUGAUGUGUGGACGUCUUCCCUUCUAUAAUCAGGACCACGAGAAACUAUUUGAGCUCAUCUUAAUGGAAGAGAUUAGGUUUCCACGUACGUUAUCACCCGAAGCAAAGUCUCUUCUGUCAGGUUUGCUGAAGAAGGAUCCAAAGCAAAGGUUAGGUGGUGGACCAGAUGAUGCAAAGGAGAUUAUGCAGCACAAAUUUUUUUCUGGCAUUGUUUGGCAAGAUGUAUAUGAAAAAAAGCUGGUACCUCCAUUUAAACCCCAGGUGACGUCUGAAACAGAUACACGCUAUUUUGAUGAAGAAUUCACAGCACAGAUGAUCACUAUCACCCCCCCUGAUCAAGAUGACAGCAUGGAUUGUGUUGAUAACGAACGGCGGCCACACUUCCCUCAGUUCUCUUACUCGGCCAGUGGAACAGCUUAAUGUUUCACUUGUCCAUAACGUCAACCAAUCAGACUGCAUUUUGGGGACCUUUAAUUUCAAUGGACACUAGAGAACUCUCUACGUUACAUGAAUUACAAACUAUGUUUGUAUUACGGUUUAGUUGAAUUUGUAGGAAGCCUCACAGGCUAUGUAUUUAAAACAAUCCUGAUGAAUUUUUGAGUCAGAAUCUCCGCAAUUUUGAGAAGGAAGAUAAGAAACCAUUCUUAAUGCAUUAUAAAUAUAAAAAAAAAAACUUUUUCUUCUGGAGAGACAAAAGGACAUUUUAGGUUUUUAAGAAUGUGCACCAAAAUUUUUCUUUCAAAAAGUCUAAAGCAAAUGUUGACCGUUUAAAAAACAAAACGAAAACACAACUGUUUUUUUAUUUAUUUCAUACUGUUCAUUAUGUGUAAGUAGAAAAGCUGCACUCUGAACAAUUAGAUUUAUUUAGGAUGAGAGGCAGACUUAGAUAGUGCAAUAAUUAGAGCAGCAACACAAAAAACGAACAAACUCUGGGCCAUCAAGGCCCCAAGAAAUCUGCUGGCAAUUCUAGGAAGCCUUUUAUAGGAAUGGCAUGUGGGACUUCAGAGAGAUAGAGUCAAGAAGAAAAUGACGUUAGCACAACUGCUACUACAUGUUACAUAUCAAACAGAGCUGAAUGAUCUGUUUUUAAAACCACACAAUGUCCUGUUGAAGACAGCACAUUAGUUAUGUUACAUUCUUGUCCCAGCAUGUUUCUGGGAAGUUACACUUUAGAGAAAGAAAUCAGUUUUACCUAUUUCAACUGAAAACACUUUCAAGUUACAAAAAUUGACCAGGGGGAGAGGGCAGGAUUUGUACACAAUAAAAAACAAAUCACGCACAAUAGUCUUAAGUGAAGAAACAUCUAUCUUACUGAGCAAAAGUCAUAUUUUUGGCAGUGGAGUCAUAUUUUUGGCAGUGAAGCGAUAGGCCCUGCUCAUAUGUGUAUUACAUCUUUUCCCAGCCUGAUGCCUUCCAGAAGAGGGUCACAGCUCCGAAUAUUUCUGUGCAGCAUGGGCUUUCAGCUGCCACAGAAUUCUGCAGUGCGUAAUCCUGAUACAUCUGGAGGGCACCAGAUUGCAGCAGCAGGUUUUAGAGAGGCAUUAACAUGGCAAGAUAUUUCUCACAUUGAAAUCCUGUCCAUCUGUUUUCCACUCUUCAAUGUACAUUUUUAAAGGUUAUGGGGGGAGGGAGGGCAAGCUGGAUGGUACCACGAUGUAUGGGAGAAAGUCCAUCAGUGGUUGCAAUGGCUAUAUGUAAAAAAAAAAAUAUUAAGGUGAAACUAUACGAUCAAGAUUUUUUCUCCCCUCUCAUUUCUUUUUUUUUAACCUUUUUGUCACUUCAUUUUGUAUUUUCAUAGCCACAUUAUUGUGGAUUUACCAGACAAAAUUAUCUUUUUGCUUUUUGACACGGGCCAGAAUUUUAAGCUCUCGUACUGUGAAUGAGUUUAUUCAGUUGUGGCUUUAUGUUCUUUUAGACACGCUUGUGUUUCUGUUCUGUUACCUGUUUAAAAAAAAAGACCUAUAUUGCAGUUCCUUAACUUUUUUUUUAUUUGAAAGGGAAUGUAUUUAAAAUACCCACAACUUUCCCUUUACACAGAAUUCCAUUGUUGUGUGCGUUGUACUUUUUUUUUAAACAACAUUCAGUUCUAGUAUUUUUACUUAUGAUAUGAAAGUUUCCCUCAAAAGUACUUCAAUAAAAUGUGCUUUAACAAGUUAGUUUUGUC